AUGGUUAGAGUUCCUAUAUGUCAGAAAAAAGUCAAAGAGGAACUCACCAUUGGAGGUGCUCUAAUGUUUAUCACCAACAUUCAUAGGAAAUUUGUCAACAUUCUCGCUCGAACUAUAGACACCUUGAUUGCUACCCAUCUGGUUAAAGUUCGGAUUUUUCGUAUAACGUUUAGACAAAAGCCUUGUGAUCCUCCUUUACCGGAAGCUGAUGAAGAUGAUGAACCCUGUUUACCCAAAGCUGGGGUGAUUCCCAAAUGGUUUAAUGAGUUGUUAUACAAAUGGAACAUAAACUUCAUUGAUCUUAGUUUCAACAAGUUGCAAGGAGAUCUUCCAAAUCCACCAGAUGGCAUCUAUUACUUUUCAGCUUCAAACAACAACUUCACUGGAGGAAUUUCUCCAACAAUUUGCAAUGGAAGGUCCCUGAAUAUGCUAAUCCUGUCCCACAACAAUUUGAGUGGCGAUAUUCCCCAAUGUUUGGGAACCUUUCCUUCACUCCAGGUUUUGGAUUUGCAAAUCAACCAUUUUCAUGGAAGCAUACCUGCAUACUUCUCCAAGACUAAUGCUCUUGAGACGAUAAAGUUGAAUGGCAACCAAUUGGAGGGACCAGUACCGCAGUGUUUGGCUCAUUGCACAAAACUGGAAGUUCUAGACCUUGGUGACAAUAAAAUAGAAGAUGUCUUUCCCAACUGGUUAGAAACUCUUGAAGAAUUACAAGUACUUAGUUUACGACAUAACAAAUUUCAUGGUACCAUCACUGGUUUGAGUACGACCAAGUUGAGAAUUCUUGAUGCGUCUAAUAACAAUUUCAAUGGCCCCUUGCCAAUGCAAUACUUCAGAGAGUUUCAAGGAAUGAUGACUGUGGAUGAUAGUAGCCAAGAGUAUAUGAUUACCAACGGUUCAUAUAAUGAUUCUGUGGUGGUCAUUAUGAAAGGUCAAGUGAUAGAAUUGGCAAGGAUAUUAACUAUUUUCACAACCAUAGACAUGUCAAAUAACUUGUUUGAGGGGGAAAUUCCACAUGUCAUUGGAGUGUUAUACUCUCUCAAAGGACUUAACCUCUCACACAAUGCAAUCACCGGAAAAUUGUAG